CAGGUCUUUAAACCACCUGAGUUGUAUGAUGAGGUUUCGAGGCGUCGCGUCUAGUUCGGAAUUAUUUUGUUUUCGCGUUGCGCUUUAGAACAACGCAGUUUUAGAUCCUUUUACUCGCUCUUGAAGGUGCAUUUGCUCUUUUUUUGAUCACUCACCCUUCUGUGUUUGUGGAAAUUUUUUCAAAAAACGAACAGUGUGGAGUUAUACCAUGUACAGCUGGAGAAUAUAAGCACGGUGAUUCGAAAUGUGCUGCCGGCUUGGGGGUGGGUUCCAUCUCCACCAGUCUGAUGCACCCUUGCCGGUGUGAUCAUGUCUUCGCCAGUUCCAGAGUUCCGAGAAGCACAUCAAUACUGGCAGCCCCUCCUCAACAAUGACAUCAUCCGGCCCAAGCCCCGCCGCCUAGGAGACAUGAGCAGCCCCACCUCCCAACACAUGCAGAGAACUCCGAGCAGGGAACGGGUGUUCGGGGGCAGCCCCCUCAGGCCCUACGAGGGGGACGCCGAGGCCCCUGGGGGAAGAACACCCAUCAAGGAAGUAUUGGCAUACUCUAAAGCGAAAGAAAAGUCUGCUCACAACUCCAGGGAAGCAUCUCCACUUCAACAUAGCUGUCGAACUCCAAGUAAGGAACUAGCUUCUAGCAAUAUCCUUCACCAGAAUGGCUCAAGGGCUGCAGUCAAAGACAGUAACGGCCCUCAGCUGCGAAGUGCGAGUCGGUCUUCCUGCAAGGAAGUAAGCCGCACCUCAUCCAAGGAAUCUGCUGUUGGUGGCUCCUCCAACAACGUGCCGGACAACCGGACUACUCCUAAUCAGCUUCAUCGUCAAACAAGCAAAGAUCACUGUUUUUCCCAUUCUGGUGAUAUACAAAAAUGUCUCCGAGAACAACAGCCGCAUCAUGCAAAGAGUUCCCCUGGACUCAUUUCCCGAAUAUCCCCCACAUUGUUCACCGAAACGCGGACAUCUUGGGAACAAAAAGAUAUUGAGGAAGGAGAGUUCUCCCCUGACGGUCACUUAUCACCUUAUAUGGACUCCAUGUCGAACACGGACUGUGGUUCUCUCAGCAAGAGUUCCUCUGAUGGAGAUCCCAUUAUCUGUCGCAGGAGACCUCCUACCAGACUGAAAUCUAAACGACGCAACAUACUCUCCUUUCCUCAAGCUCUUGGUUUGGACGAUACUCGGUUGAUUCAAAGACGUCAUGAAUGUUAUGGUGGAUCUUCUAGUGAUGAAAAUAAGUCGUCUGGACAUGCAAGCAUGAGUGACGGACAAUCAUCGUAUCUGAGCUCAUCUCCUACUGACGGCGUCUUAUCCAGAGUAUCUGGCCGACUGUCGGGGAAAACAGACGAUUCUUUCAAUUCUGAUGGUGUUGAUUCUUCAGAACACCGGUUCGGAAGAGGGACUCCACUAAAAUCAGUUCCUGAAGAUGAAAGACUAUUAACUUCUCAUCAUGCCUCUUCCACAAAACUCUCCUGCAGGAAACCUGCAGCUCCUACCCGCAAACCUCACAGGACACCCCUGGAGGGAGCCUCCGGUCUUGAAGAUAUUCGUCAAGCCAUUGAGCAACUAUCUGUCAGAACUCAUGGAUCACGUACUAGUUAUUCUACGUCCACUUACUCAUCAAUGAGUGGCAGCGAAUCUGAACCCGUCAGAAGGUUGAUGAGGCACUCCAGCCUGGAAACCAUUAACACGAAUAUCACGAGCGCAGACGAGUUCGUAUGGGUGGACAACCAUACUCGUCUUGUGGAACUUCAACGAGUGCCAUGGUCUAAUCACGACAUUCUAAAAGUCAUGCAAACGGGAAGACUACGUGAACAUUUGGGACAAAUCUCGAUGGAAACGGUGCCUCGACUGUCGUAUCUUCUACAAAGACCUCUCGUCAGAAUUGCACGAGAAACGCAAAGACUUUCUAAAACUCUGGGAAUGUGUACCAAGCAAGAAGUGAGUGGUUCCUUAAAGAUAGUGCUGUCUCCAGCUCUUGCAGACAGUUGUAUCAAAGCGUGCCAUCGUUCGGCUGCCAUUUCCGCUGUAAGUGGAGAUCAAAUGAAACUGAGCAAAAGUGCUAGAGCUGGACUUCAACUUUCUGUGGGGCGGUUCCAUCGAUGGAUGUGUGACGUCAGAAUAGGUUCGUUUGUGCAUCAGUACGCUGCUAUUUAUCUUACAGCAGCAAUUGAGAACCUUCUGGAGGAAAUUGUCCUCCAGUGCAUGCCUUUAGAUGGCUCGACGAUGUUCACUGCUACCAUGCUGGAAACUGCUAUAUCCAAUAGCAGCGAUUUGUGGGGCUUAUUUCAACCUUUUUCUCAUCUAAAUGCUGGUAGAACGGCGACGGGAGCACUAUCCCUGCCCCGUUGGCCUAGCCAGACGGACAACAACAGCUCGACGCAGCUCCACCUGGCGGAGGAGCAGCCCCGGCCGACCACCUGCAAGUCCAUGGAGCAGCACUUACUGACCACCUGCGUGGGCAGCAUGACGGAGCUCGGUGACUUGUUGAGAAGGGUGGUGCAAUAUUAUCAGCACAUGCUGGGUUACAGCAGUGGCCGUUGCACCAUUGUUUGGGGUCCUGCAGCUCUGCACACCCUGUACUAUUUUAUGCGAUGCUCCCAACUGGAACACGCCGAGCAUGGUAACCACAGGACGCCGGUCCAAGAACUGGUUUACGAAAGGCCUUACUUGGUCCUGCCACCGCUCAUUGAAUGGGUGCGCGUGGCCACAGCUCACGCAGACCAUCGUCGCUCGCAAGUUGUAGACAAAGAUGAUGUCAUGCAAGCCUCUCGAUUGCUGUUACCAGGUGUUGACUGCCCCAUCAGAGAGUUUGGAAUUUCGGACGAUCGACUACACUGUUGCCAGCGAUCGGAUGACCUUUUGAAGGCGGAGCUGGCUUUCCGCAUGUUGGGCAGCGGGCGGACGGAUUUGGUGCCCCACGCCCUACAACUGCUACCCCACGUCGACACCUUUAACGAGCAUGGGCUCACGCCACUCAUGGCCGCCUGUAUAAGAGGGGACGAGGCCAUGGUCCACAUGCUUCUGGACGCAGGGGCAGAUGUCGAUAUAGAGACUCCAGCUCCAAGUAAUGCUUAUCCCUGCGUCAAUCCAGAAACUCAGCACUGGACAGCUCUAACUUAUGCCACAACCCACGGACAACUGCCUGUGAUUAAGUUGCUGCUAGAAAAGGGUGCCAACGUUGAAGGAGGUGCUAGAUUUAGCGAAGAAAAGAUUACUGUGACACCCCUUCAAUUAGCUGCAGCAUCAGGCCGUUUGAAGCUGGCUGAACUUCUGUUGUCUCACGGAGCUCAUCCCUUUCUGUCAACCACCCUCCGUGAUUCCUUGGCUUACGGCGGUGCUGCUCAGAGGGGAUGCUACAGUGCCAUUGCAGUGGCUGGUGCGCACGGUCAGCGUACCAUGCUGCAUCUUCUGCUCUCCCACCCCGUGGCCAAGAGCAGUAAGGACGUGCUUUCGCUGGAGGAGAUCCUGGCUGAGGGAGCCUCAAAUCUUACCUGCGAUAGGAGGGCCAACAGGUUGCAGGUGGUUCCUGUGUCUGUGGAUGACCUGAACAAGUCGUCAUCGAGUAUUCCAAGCACGACCGACUCCGGCCAGGUCAUCAAAUUAACCAAAGCACAGUUGAAAUGUUUACAAGAAGCGAUGUACCACAGUGCUGAGAAUGGCCAUAUCGACAUCACAUUGGAUCUGCGGAAUAUUGGUGUUCCAUGGACCCUUCAUUGCUGGAUGAACACCUUAGCGAUGGCGUACGAGCUGCAGGUGGAACCCGUCAUAGACCAGCUGCUACAAGACUACCUGCAAGUGUGGCCGGAAGACUGUAGCUCGCAGUUCGUCGAUGAAUGCUUACCCUUGCUCUUCACCAUAUUCAGGCACAGCAAGAAGGAAGGUACCACAUUGUUACUGGCUGACAUCUUUUCCAACUGUUAUAGUAAAGAACCCAUUAAAGAAAUCCGAGAUGUGGGCUACAUCGGGGGAGCGCGAAUUGAUCCUACGUAUGUCAACAAUCCAGAGAUGUCCGAUGUGCAGUUCAGGGUGGAAGGUCGAGUAUUUUAUGCCCAUAAAAUAAUCCUCGUGAAUGCUUCACCCCGGUUCAAGUCCAUGCUUUCGACGAAGUUCUCUGAAGGUGUACCUCCGGUGGUGCAGAUUAACGAUAUCCGAUAUGACAUAUUCCAACUUGUCAUGCAGUAUCUUUACAAAGGGGGUUUCGAAAACUGUGAAAUUGACCAGAAUGAUGUUUUAGAGUUGAUGGCCGCUGCAAGUUUCUUCCAAUUGGAUGGUCUUCUUCGUUUCUGUGAGUCGCGCAGUUCCAAAUUGGUCGACUUGGACAACGUAGUAUCAAUGUAUAUUCACGCCAAGGUAUAUAAUGCUUUGUAUCUUCUGGAGUACUGUCAAGGCUUCCUUCUCCAGAACAUGGUGGCCCUUCUCACUUACGACGAUUCCGUCCGAAAACUCAUCUUUGGCAAGAAGCUUCACAACCACGAUGUCCUCAGCGGACUUCUGCUUGUACUGCAAACACGAGUUCGCGAAAAAUCUCCCAAAUCCGCAGCCAAAAGCUGAAGAUAGAUUCUGCCAAAAAAUUGUCUUAAGCGUGCCAUGAAGAUUCAUUCUAUGAUGAAAUCUUAUUUAUUUUUUUUACGAUGCCAUUCUAUCAGAUUGAUGUGUCCACCAGGAUAAAUUGUUGACCUGAUGACUCAUUUAGUUUUUAAACAUCAUCCGGGAAGCUAUGAAUCCAGUUUCAAUGACGCCAUUGAUAAGAUUGCUUUUCUCAGGUAAUAUGUGUGUCUAUUUCAGUGGAACUGGCUCUACAUAUCAGUCAUAUCUAGUAAUGCGUUGCUAUUCAGUUCUGUUUGUUGUUCAGAAAGACUUCUUGUGAGUUAUGAAGUUUGCUGCAAGUAAUAUGCAAAAUCGUUAGACAAUAAGUUAAUAAAUAAAAAAAAGCUUAUUUACCGAAGUUUGCUAAAAUCUCUUUCACCAUGACAUUUAAAUACAUGAACUUUCAUAAUUGAAGAUUGCUUGUCUUUUCCUUUUUGGAAACAUUUGCGAGAAAUCAGUAGUGAAUUGAAAGACAGAGAGAGAGUAAAACCAAUUUCUUCAAUUAGUAUUAAACAUAGUUAUAUUUCGACAUUUAAAAAAUGAAAAAAGAAUGCAGCAACUGUAUAGCAAUUCCUUUUGGGAUGUUGAAAGAAAAUUCCAUGAAGGAUUAAAAAAAAAAAAAAAAUCUUGUAAAUUUUAUUGUUUCAGGCAAGCUUCAAAAGCAUGAAGAACCAUGCUGUCAAAUGAACUGAUUCAUAUUCUUACAAACUAAUGCUCAAAGGUGUAAAUAAUGGAUUGUGGAUUAUUUUGAUGUUUCCAAAUAUUUGUGCAAGCAGAGAAGCAAACUCUUUUGGGAUUUAUACAAUUGAUGGAAAGCUCAAAUACGUACAAAUUUACUGUUGUAUGUUGACAUAGUCAACAAGAAGCAAAUCAGUGCCAUUCAUUAUUUUAUUAUUUAUCUUUGCUUCAAUCUUUGAGACCUACAUCUGAUUCCAUCUGGUGUUACUUAAGCAUGUGAUUGGUGAAUAAUUAUAAUUUCAGAAGAGUCGAGGCUAGGCAGCCACUUUUCAACAGACCAAGUGUAAAGUGAAGCAUGUCAGAAUUUCUUUUGGUGCCAUGAAAAUGCUGGAAUUGUUAAUAGGGUCACGGCAGCUAUUUAAUAAUGUUAAUUAUUUGUUUGCAUGAUGUCAGUAAUUUAGAAUCAAUAAAUCAAAGUAUUCUCGAUUUAAAUCGGAACUGCAAUGUGUAUAGAAGAAAAUAUGCAAGUAUAAAUCAAUUUAGUACAUUUAUAGAUCAGUUUAUAUAUAUAAAAGUGAAAAAACAAAAUAUGUUUUUGAAUAAUACCAUCACAAAAAAAAUUUUUGAAGUUCCUUUAACAUUCUUUUCAAGUUAUUUUUUUUUAAAGUAUUGAAAAACUGUUAUUUAUUUUUAAUUAAAAGUUUUGAAAAGGAUGUUUAUAUUAAUGAAACUUGAAUAAUAAGUCAGCCAUCACUCUCUUCACUUUCUUGAUAUAUUUACCAUUCGGUUUCAGUUUAAAAUAUGCCUAACUCUAAGGAUUUAUUGUAUAAAAAAUAGAAUGGACUUGGGUAAAACAAAAUUUAUACUCUUCAAAAGGAUUUCUUCAAAAUCCAUUUUAUACUUGUCUUGUUAAUACGUAUUGCAAUACAAAUGCACAAACAUUAAUUAACAAGUUGCCUCACUGCAACUUCUUGAAUUGACCCUUUUCUAUCAUUUAAUUACAAAAAAAAUGUAAACAACAAAACAAAAAAAUAGCAUAGCCAAGAACAUCAAUUUAAUCCUGAAACAGUGUUUAAUGAAAUAUCAGAACAACCCAUGAGUAAUCUCUAUACUGUCCUCCAAAUGUUCAUGAAUUUAUGCUGCUUUUGCAAUACAUUAAUCCUAACACUGAAGGUGAAUAGUGUCACAAGUUGUUGGCUAUAUACUUAAUAACUGGACCCUAAUUUUUUUUUAGUUUGAACACAUUGUUGACUGAAUUAUAAUAAAAAUUGACUUACUGACUAUACUCUGAUGUAACAUAUCGAGAAUAGCUCUUGUCAGUAGCUUUAUAAGAGAUCUAAAUACAAGAAAUAGAAAAUCAGCAUUAAAACUAAAAAAAUAGGAUUCUAAAAAUGUAUCAUAAUUAGGUAGAUGAAAAAUAAAUAUAUUGGUUGCUGGUCAACAUUUUAACCUCAGCCAACAAUGUGUCGAAAUGUUUUGUUCUGUAUUUUUUUUUUUUUUUUUUUUUUUUUUUGCAUUCUUUGGUUGUUAAACUGCGUUAUUACGAUGAUGCUGAAUACAAUCCAAGACCAUUCAUGGACUAGUAAUUAUUUUCCCCUUCCCCUACCUCAGGAAACCCACCGCAGAGGUCAUCUUCCGAUUUGAUCCAACUUUUAUAUGUAUAUUGCAUUUUAAUGUUUGUGUUUCUGAAAUAUGAUGUGUAGAUAUUUUAUGUACUAUUUGUGUUAGGUUAUAUUUAUAAGGUUGUGAAAACUUAAGGCUACAAAAAUCUUUGUACUGAAUUAUUUGGUUGAGAGCAUUACAAACAAAAUUUGUUUUUUGAAUGUAAAAAAAAAGCUAUAUUUCAGCAAUAAAAACAAUUUCUGAAAAU